GGGGGAAGGAGAUGACGGACGGGGCGGCGCUUGAGGUAGUCCCCGAUAGUAGGGAUGAGCCCGAGGCAGCUGCAGCUCUGCAGCAGCAGGAGCGGCAGGAGCAGCAGGAGGAGCGGCAGGAGGAGCGGCAGGAGGAGCCCGAGGCUCCCACCAAGGCUCUGCGGUGGUGGGAGCAGCCGCCAUACGUCAAAGGACCGCCAGCAGGACACACCACCAGCACCGCCUCUAACAAACACGUAAGUGCGGCAGGAGGGGAGACCUCCCUCCCUCGAGGAAACACCCACACCACGGCACACCACACCAUCCAGUGCAGUGUGUCGGAUGUGUCGGAUGUGGUGGAUGGAUGGAUGGAUGGAUGGAUGGAUGGGCUCACAGGUGCACGUCGUAGAUGCUGACCAUGGUUCUGAGAGGAGCUACGGGACGAGCGAGGCGUCGGGGGCGGCCGGGGGAGGGGGAGGCGUGGGGGUGGGACCAGGACCAUCGGCUGCCAUGGGUGCCGGUGAUGGGGGAGACUGUACGGGGGAGAUGGCCGAUAGACGGGCAUACAGCGGGACGGUACCACACAUAAGAUAACACACACAGAGGGAGAGGGAGAGGGAGAAGCACCAUUGAACCGGUUUCCUUGGUGCACACAGGCUUCGCCUGCAGGGGAGGUGUCUGAGCGUUCCGGGGUGUCGCACACCACAUCCGCCACAUCCGCCACAUCCGACACGACAGAGGUGAGUGGCAGAGAGCACUAGCACGGCCUGCACCUUCUCUUAUGGUGUGCGUGUGUGUGUGUGUGAGCAGGAUAGCUACAACUUGCUGGACCUCCGCAACGCCGACAACUUCACACCCAGUGAGUAGGACAGCAUAGAGCAGGCAACGAACACCCCCACCCCUCCCUCAAUCCAUCCAUCCAUCCAUCGUGGUGCCUGCGCCAAUUCGUGCAGAGGAGAUCGACAUCCGCAAUCAGCUGCUGGACGUCAUCAAGAUGGGCCCCAGCUACAUCGACGCCGCCCAGGCCGUCCUCGUCGCCAGUAUGCGCUACGUUAGCACCGUCGCCGACAGCACACAGGACGACAUAGUCAAGCUCGAGCAGCUCUACCAUCGGCACACACACCCACACAUCCACAGGGGGAAGGGCAUGAGCAUGGAGGCGUUCAAGCAAACAAGGAACGAGGUGAUCGUCUCGGCGACGAGGCGGGCGAUAGACAAGCUGCGGGGGCAAAAGGCGAAAGCGAAGGCGACAGACAACAAUGCUGGCCGAGAGGAGGGGGAUGGUGGAGAGGGUGCGGGGGCGGGGGCGGGGGAGGGAGAGUGGGACCAGGAGGAGUGGGACAGAGCCAGGGGGCGGAGGGGAGGAGGAUACGGACCUAGCAAUGGUGGGUGUGGAUCGGCGAGACUUCACCACACCACGCCACGCCACGGCCCAACUCACGCCGAACUCAUUCCUCUCUCCGCCUCUGUCCAUGUGUGCGUUGUGUGUCCGUGUGUGUGUCCGUGUGUCCGUGUGUGUGUGUGUGUGAGUGUGUGCAGGUAGCAGAUACCCUCGUCGCAGUGAGCGCUUCGAGCCCUAUGGCAGAGGGAGAGGGAGAGGGGGAGGCCGCUACAGGUGACAGCAGACGACACCGUCCAUCCAUCAGUAUGUCUGUGAGCAAAAGUGUGUGUGUGUAUGUGUGUAUGGGCAGCAGUAGGUCGCCGCGUGAUGACGCAGAAGACUAUGAGCAUGAGCAAACCCAGCAGCAGCGCGCCGCAGUCAACAACAUGCCACCGUACGCUGCAAACAAACAUUGGAUGGACACAUCACAUCAAGGAAUGAACGAAAGACGCGACAAGUGGCUGUGUGUGCACUGCACUGACUGCAGUGGCCACGUGCCGUAUUGCCCACCUCCGCCGCCGCCGCCCUCGAUCUCGAUGAUGACUGGUGUGGGUGCCGCCGGAUAUGGGAGUGGCGGGUCAGUGAGGGAGAGGGAGAGAGAGAGAGAGGGAGGGAGGGAGGGAGGGAGGGAGAGGGGGAGACUUUGAGACACACACACACAAGAGGACCCCCACAGAGGCUCUCUCCCUGUCUGUCUCUCUCUUUGUCCCUCAUCAUUUGUUCAGGAGGGUGAGAGGGGACUUUGUUCCGCCCCCACCACCGGCACCAGCACCAGGCUGCUACAAGUAACCGAAGCAUCCAUCCAUUCAUUCAUCCAUCAUCCAUUUAUCCAAUUCUCUCGUUCAUACUGCCUGCCUCCAUCAAGUGGGUCGCCCCCCAUGGCACCAGGAGGCUUCGCUGCGAGCCCGACUUACCACUACCUUCGCCAGACUCCCACACACACAUACGCGGCGACACACACACACCUCAUGGGGCCGCCGCCAAUGUCAGCGCCGCCAACACCCACACACACACACACACAGUGUGUGGGCUGUCGGGGGAUGAGUGUGUGUUGGUUCGCUGUGUUGGUGCACUGGCAGGUUUGCGCCUCAUGCGCCUCGGAUGCCGGCUGGCGUGUAUCGACCGCCCCAACCACCAGGCGCACCUAUGAUCCCUGGGUGAGUGAGUGAGUGGGGGGCUGGGUGGGCAAGUCGAUGGCGACACACAAACACAUGCAUGGGGUCCAUGUGGUGGUUGGUGUGUGCGUGUGUGUGUGUUGCAGGGGGCCGGGUGUGCAGUUCGGCAUGGGGCGACCACCACCCCCUAUGCCGUGAUUGACCGACGACGGAGGACGAGUAGUCGACCGAGACAGACAGACAUAUACACAUAGAUAGCGCAC